AUGUGCCUCAAGUUAAGUUUUUUAUUUGUUUUGAAGUACAAGGACAUCAAGGCAAAAUCCAAACCCAAGAUUGGUCUGAUCCUUGUAGAAAUUCGUAGGCUAUCUAAGCACUCUUUAGUCCUUUUAAAUCAUUGCGUUAACCAUGUGCGGGUUACAUCUAUAUUUACAUCCAAGUGUAUCAAUCACGAGUCAAAAACAAAGCAUAUGAGAGAAGCAAUCCAAAACCUUUCCAAUACACCAAGAGAAUGCAAAGGACGCAUUGACGAGUUUGCUGCCAUUUCAUUGGCUCAGCCUGACAGACGAGUCACCAUCGUCUUACACAGCGGCUUUUUUUUUAGUGAACCUGAAGAAACUGGGAUCACUAUAGCUGUUAUUUGA